CCAGGCCGGCAGGGAGGGAGGAGGCCGCCGCCAUCUCCGGCAGCCGCCGCGCUGAUCGCUACCGGGGGAGAGGGGGCGGGCCCGGCAGCCGCCCCGGCUGAGGCGGGAGGCUCGGAGGUGGCGGGCGGGCCGGCUGUGGGGCGAUGAGGAGCCGUAGCAACUCAGGGGUACGCCUGGACGGCUACGCCCGCCUGGUCCAGCGUACCAUCCUUUGCCAUCAGAAUCCAGUUACGGGGCUGCUCUCGGCCGGUGCGGACCAUAAGGAUGCCUGGGUACGGGACAACAUCUACAGCAUCCUGGCCGUGUGGGGGCUGGGGAUGGCUUAUCGGAAGAAUGCGGACCGGGAUGAGGAUAAGGCCAAAGCCUACGAGCUCGAGCAGAACGUUGUGAAGCUGAUGCGGGGACUCUUACAGUGCAUGAUGCGACAGGUAGAUAAGGUAGAGAAGUUCAAGCGCACACAGAGUACCAAAGACUGCCUACAUGCCAAGUAUAACUCUGCAACUUGUGCCACUGUGGUUGGGGACGACCAAUGGGGGCAUCUACAAGUGGAUGCAACCUCCCUUUACCUGCUCUUCUUGGCACAGAUGACUGCAUCAGGGUUACGUAUUAUCUUUACCCUUGAUGAAGUUACCUUUAUUCAGAAUCUUGUUUUUUACAUAGAAGCUGCCUACAAAGUUGCUGACUAUGGAAUUUGGGAACGUGGUGACAAGACAAACCAGGGCAUCCCUGAACUGAACGCAAGCUCCGUAGGGAUGGCCAAAGCUGCUUUGGAAGCAAUUGAUGAACUAGAUCUUUUUGGAGCUCAUGGAGGACACAAAUCAGUGAUUCAUGUUCUUCCUGAUGAAGUAGAACAUUGUCAGUCUAUUCUGUACUCCAUGUUGCCAAGGGCAUCCACCUCAAAGGAGAUAGAUGCUGGCCUUCUCUCUAUUAUUUCUUACCCGGCUUUUGCAGUGGAGGAUCUAAACCUUGUUAAUGUAACCAAGAGUGAAAUCAUAUCCAAAUUGCAGGGCCGCUAUGGCUGUUGUCGCUUUCUCCGAGAUGGUUACAAGACACCCAGAGAGGAUCCAAGCAGGCUGCACUAUGAUCCUGCUGAGCUCAAGCUUUUUGAAAAUAUUGAAUGUGAGUGGCCAGUAUUCUGGACAUACUUCCUAAUUGAUGGAGUAUUUAAUGAGGACAAAAUUCAGGUACAAGAAUACAGAGAGGCACUGGAAGGAAUACUUAUUAGAGAGAAGAACGGAAUAGUGCUAAUGCCUGAACUAUAUGCAGUCCCUCCAGAAAAGGUGGAUGAGGAGUAUGAAAAUCCUCACUCAGUGGAUCGUGUCCCAGUGGGAAAGUUGCCUCAUCUUUGGGGCCAGUCGUUGUAUGUCCUUAGCUGCCUAUUAGCAGAGGGAUUUCUUGCUGCAGGAGAAAUUGAUCCCUUAAACAGGAGAUUUUCCACUGGAUUUAAACCUGAUGUUGUGGUACAAGUAACUGUUUUGGCUGAAACUAACGAAAUUAAGAAUCUCUUGCAAGACCAUGGAAUCAGUGUUCAGAGCAUUGCUGAUAUCUACCCGCUCAGAGUGCAGCCAGCUCGCAUCCUGAGUAACCUCUACACCAUGCUGGGCCGGAACAAGAACAUGAAAUUAAGCGGACGGCCACACCGACAUAUUGGAGUGUUAGGCACCUCCAAGCUGUAUGUGAUAAGGAAUCAAAUAUUUGCUUUUACCCCUCAGUUUACUGACCAGCAUCACUUCUAUCUGGCUCUAGACAAUCAGAUGAUUGUGGAGAUGCUCAAGAUAGAGCUGGCUUACCUCACUUCUUGUUGGAGGAUGACAGGGAGACCAACCCUGACAUUUCCCAUCACCCACACAAUGCUUGUUGAUGAUGGUACCGACAUUCAUCCAGCAGUUCUUGCCACCAUAAGAAAAUUAGAGGAUGGUUAUUUUGGAGGUGCAAGGGUGAAGAUAGGUAAGCUCUCAGAAUUUCUUACCACCUCUUUUCAUACGUAUCUGAGCUUCCUGGAUCCAGACUGUGACGUAAAACUGUUUGACAACCCUAGUGAAGGCUGUAGUAGUCCUGACAGUGAAUAUGGAGGCUAUCCAUCGGAUUUCUGUGAAAAAGAAAGCCAGGAUGAGCUGGAUCAGUAUAUAAAUGAGGUCCUGCAGAGUACAGCACUGAAGUCGUACCUGCCUCCAACCUCAAAGACUGCGAAUCAACCACCUGUGUUCAGUGCAAACCAUUCCACAACAGACAUACUGUCGAUAAUGGCCAAGACAAAGGGCUUAGAGGUCCCAGCUGUGUCUAUGUCUCUUCCCACUAAAGUUCUGAACACGCACCGGAAGUCUUUGAAUCUUGUUGAUAAUCCCCAUUUCUUUGACACAAAGGACCGUGAAAAUGUUUUGCACUUGCCUAAAGAUGCUCAUGGUGAUUUGGACUGCAGGAAACUUGUUGAGCAGCUGAAGGAAUGUCCAACGCUCCAUGAUCAAGCAGAUAUCUUAUAUAUCUUGCAUAUAAUGAAAGGCGCUGACUGGGACACAGAGCUGGAUGGACAGCACGGCGUCACUGUUCAUUGCCUGCUCAACGAGCUCUACAGAGAGGCAGGCCUCAAUCAGGAGUGGGGCUUAAUCCGUUAUAUUUCUGGUAUACUCAAAAAGAGAGUGGAAGUCUUGGCUGAGGCAUGCACGGACCUUCUGUCACACCACAAGCAACUUACAGUGGGCCUGCCACCAGAACCCCGUGAGAAAAUCAUCACCGCCCCACUGCCACCUGAGGAGCUGACGGAUCUUAUUUAUGAAGCCAGUGGCCAAGACAUCAGUAUUGCAGUCCUGACACAGGAAAUAAUUAUGUACUUGGCAAUGUACGUCCGGUCACAGCCCAGUCUUUUUGUGGAAAUGCUCAGGCUCCGCAUUGGUCUGAUAAUUCAGGUGAUGGCCACUGAACUGGCUCGAAGUCUGAAAUGCUCAGGUGAAGAAGCUUCAGAGAGUUUGAUGAAUCUAAGCCCCUUUGAUAUGAAAAAUCUCCUACACCAUAUUCUCAGUGGAAAAGAGUUUGGAGUGGAAAGAAGCUUGCGACCUGUAGAUUCCUCUUCAUCUAGCCCUGCGAUUUCUAUUCAUGAAAUGGGGCAUUCUGGAGCAACCAAAACAGAAAGAAGUGGUAUUACUAAACUGAAGAGUGAGAUGAAGCAGUUCUUUCGUGAGGGCCACUCCAUGUCCAGCAGCAUGUUCGCUUCCAUGAGGAGCAGUACUCCAUCAUCUCCCACUAGUACCUCUCCUGCUGGCUCCAGUGGAAACACAAGCUGGGGUGACCGAAAGGGGCAGUGGCUGCGCAGAAGGAGGCUUGAUGGUGCUAUUAACAGAGUUCCUGUUGGCUUUUAUGAGAAAGUGUGGAAAAUCCUUCAGAAGUGCCAUGGUCUGUCCAUUGACGGGUAUGUCCUUCCUUCUUCAACCACCAGAGAGAUGACCCCGUGCGAAAUCAAGUUUGCUGUGCACGUGGAGUCGGUGCUGAACCACGUACCCCAGCCCGAGUACAGGCAGCUCUUGGUGGAAGCGAUUCUCGUUCUCACCUUCCUCUCUGACAUCGAGGUGAACAGCAUCGGGGGCAUCAUCCACGUGGAUCGAAUCGUGCACAUGGCCAACGACCUGUUUCUGCAGGAGCUGAAAUCAUUUGGAGCUACUGGUAGCAUCUUGGAGAAAGAUGUAGCUACAGGAAUUUGCCACUUUUUUUAUGACAGUGCUCCCAGUGGGGCUUAUGGCACCAUGACAUACCUAACAAAAGCCAUAAUUAUUUAUUUACACGAUUUCCUGCCUAGCACAGGCUGUGCGAUGCAAUAAGCGAUGCCUUGUGUGGGAGGGAAGGCUCAGAAGCCCUUUCUACCCAUUUCCCUGCCAUGAACCUCUUGUUUAGUUGCUGCAUGUGUUUGUGCCGUGCACUACCUCAGCCUGUUACACUAGUCGUCAUGUUACGUGCACGCCUACCUGUGGGGGGCCAGGAAUUUGGCCUGGUUUUAAGAGCGUGCACAAGAAAUAACGAAUAAUGAGGCUUAUUCUGCCCAAAGUGCGUAAAUGUAAUUCAUAUUAAAUUAGCAAGAAUUAUACAGUUCUGCCAAGGGGAAAAGAGAUUACUCUGUGGAGAUCAAAAGGCAUAAUAAAACAAGGGAGCUGCAGCUCAGCCAUAAAGUCUCCCAUAUAAGGGAAGUGAUGGAAUUCAUUAAUUUUUCUCCUGCUUUGUGCAAAUGUACAUCAUUGUGAAUCACUAAUGCACAGUGUGAACCAUCCAGGGAAAUGCAAAUUAGAGGAGCAGGAAUAACUUGAAAUAACCAGGUGAUAUUUCUAAUACACGUUUAUCCUGAUUCUCAUCUCAUUUGCACCUAGUCAGUGCAGGGCUAACACCAGUAGAGACAAGUGUCUUACAGUACCCACUAAUUUGAGAGGACGGUCUCUCUCGGGAAGCUGCACCUCUCUUUAAUCUGAACAAAAUCGCUUCCGUCCCUGCAUCCCCAAGGCUUUUGAGGCAAAAUUUCGAGACUCCAGCUUCUCCAAGGUGACAGACAGUUCUAUGCCUGUAAUCCAUUCCUCUGAAUGGAACAAAAUAAACCUCUCCCACUCGGACACCCUUUCCAAAUCUCCUGAUCCUUUCCCUUGCAAAUAGCCUCAGAGUUAAGAAUGGCAUAAUUGCCGCCUUGCCAGCACAGCGUGAGUUUAUGGAAAGCUUUGAUGUUUCUCCUUUUUGUUUUUCUUUUCUUCAGUUUAAAAUUGCACUUACCACAUGCAGUUAGGGAUGGGCUGCCUGGAAAUCUCCCUUCAGACAGCUCCCAGGUUAGUGCCUGCACCUUGAGCCUGUCCACUGGAAACCAAUUUCUGUGGCCGCUCCGAGCUGCUGCAAGGAGGGCAGGUGUGUCCUGCAGGAUAUUCGCUCCGUAGCUAUUUAAACUGAAAGCAGAGGUAGCCUGCCUCUGGAGGGGAAACCCCUGCUUUCCCUCAGGCCUCGGCUGCGGUUUUCCUUGUGCUGCCAGUGCUGCUGGUUUUGCCGCCAGCCAGCAGGCACCUGGCUGACAGCUCAGAAAAGUGGCUGUGGCUUUAGCCGCGGGCUCCUCAGCAGCACUGGGAUGUGCCGGCACCACUGCCGGGUGAGCAAACAGCAUCAGAGCAAUUCUGCCUUGCCAGGUGGAGGGGAAACUAGCGGGUAUGGCCUGUAAAAAGUACGUAUAUUCUGUGCUAAUAAGCCUGAUAAGCAUAUUUCUGUGAGACCAUUCUCUACUCUUUCAAACAACUAGGCCAUUUUUACAGGGUUUGAAGAUUUUUUUUUUAAUUUUUUUUUGGCAAAAUAGUACCUGGUGCUUUUGAGAAGAAGGUUUUUGGUUCCAGUUUCAUUCAGGUAUCUGAAAUACCUUGAUGAAAGGAGGGAAGUGAACCCCUGUCUCACUUGCCAGUGGCCAGCAUCCAUGGUCCUGGGGAGGCAAAGCUCCCAAUGGCAGUGCCACCCUUCCUGCUGUCCCUCCACGAAGCUGCUGCUGCUGUUGUAACAGCGUCUGGACACUGGCUGAAGAGACCAAAGGUGCGGGAAGCCUGAGGAGAUGAUUUCAUGGUUUUGCAGAGCCUGGGAGAGGCAUGUACUGUGUUCACCACCGUGAAAACUGUGGGCCUGCUGAGGGGCUGGUCUAAAGGUGUGGUUCAGGUACAGUUAGCCCUUGGAUGUAGAAGUAAUUUGAUUGGCGUGGUGCCUGUUUUGUAGGAUUUUGCCUUCAUUAUGUUUUGUUUCGUUUUUUCUUUUCAUCUGUAUUGUGAAAGAUCACUUAACUUGUUUCCCAGCAAAUAAAAGGAAAAUCCUUUGUCUAGUAUAAGCAGAUAAAUGUUCCAGUGCAGAGUGUGAGCACACAAGAGCCUGUGUAAUAGUUUCUGGUUCUACUCAGCAUCGAACAGAAAGGCAGUAGGAGCAGUUAUUUUUGCUUUUCUUGUUGAAUCCCAGAUUGAGAGCUGCAAGAUGACUCUUGUUUUGUUUUUUUAAACCUACAGUGUUAUCUUGUUUUCAGAAACAAGAAGGGUGAUAUAAUUGGUUUUACAUUCAGCUGCAUUGAAGUCUAAAACCAUUGAGCCUACAGCAAAACAUACCUGGACACCCCUUAACUCUUUAAUGGGAGUACCACUGGUAUCUUUAAUUUGAAAUUCAUAGUAUGACCUAGGUUUUGGUACAUUUACGAUCAUCAUGAUCAGUUAUCACAUGGAGUACUGGCAGUCAGGUAGUAUUUAUGUAGUAAUUUGAAGAGUUUGGGUACCUGGUGCUGAAGGGUGGGAUUCAGAAACGCAACACCAACAGAAAGGAAACUUGUGUUACCUCCAGAUCAGGCACAGCUGCAAGUUGCUGCUGUGUUACUACUCAGAGCAAAGAACCAUUUCAAAUGGAAAGUAGCAUUUUAGUGCAAAUCUAAUUAAGCAAAUUGGGUUUUAUAUAGAGCCCCUGCUUUGCUGAAGAUCCACCUGUGUGUGUUAAGUGUUGCAGAGCAGAGCUAGCACCGGCGGUGGCGAGAGUGUGCUCCCAGUUAAAAUAUGUGACAGCUUUGCAGUUUGUGCCGGGCUGAGCUAAUUGGCAGAGGCUCGACUUGGCUGUUGGGCAUCCCAGGGGAGCCCGCAGAGGAUGGCAUGGCCAACUCCAAGUCCCUGAAAAAUCCAUCUGUGGAUAGAAGGCAAACAGACACAUUCUGCGCCUGAGAAAUAAGGACACUGGUGAGUUAAAAGAGACCCACCCAAGACCUAGUCUUUCUAGUCUGACAGGCACUGCUGCCCUGAGCAAUUUGCAGCUGUGGGGACAGAAGCACCUCUACGGCCAUGGGGGCAGCCAGCCGUGCCUGCAGACAGAACUGGGGUUGACUGGGGGCACUGGCCAGAACAAUGAACCGUGUCCAGCUCAGAGCACAUACCCCAUGCUGGCCCCAACCCAGCCCCACCAGGCCAGCGCCCACCCUACUUGCUGCCUCGGGGCUGCUGUGCAAAGGACACAAGUUUAUCAAACUGGGCAGAUCACAAGCAGCAUUAAUCCCAUUCAGCUGCUGCUCCUACAAGCAGAUGUGAACACUUAAUGGUUGGAGUAUGAAAUUUGCCUGGCUUCUGUCCUGCUGAUUGUGGUCUCCUUGCUCAGGGAAAGAGCCCCGGCCAUUCCCGUGAGGUGAAGGGGAGCUGGGCAGUCCCUAGAAGUUCUAGAAAGGAAUGGUGACUUUCUGUGGUGGGUCAUGGGACAUCUGGGCUGCACCCCUGCAGGGAUGGGGCACUGCAGGACUGUGUCACCCCUCUGGUAGCAGCCAGGGGCUGGAGUGAAGUGGGAGCCUGGGUCAGUCCGGGGCCAGCCUAAAAAACUUUCUGGUGUGGUCCAGAGGUAGGAGCAGAGUUGUUCAGAAAGUGGGAGAAAGGGAGAUGCCACCGAUGGUGGCACCUGUAGGGAAAGAGUUUGUGCACUUGGCUGCAGACUGAUUCAGUUCCUGCUCAAAAUACCGCUCACAGCUGUACUAUUAGGUAGCUGCUGCAUAAAACAGUGGGAUAUAGAAAAAAAAAAAAAAAAGAUUGGGGGUUGGGGUUAUGGAAAAAGAGCUUCAGCUGGAGCAGUUUUGAUUUAAGUACAAGUAGCCAGGGUCUCUCCCACUCCUAGGUUUAGUCUGGAGUGGUUUUUAUUUCUAGCAUUACAUGUUUCACAGUUACUCCCCCCUUCUUCCGUUAGGGGUAAGGGGCUCCUGUGUGCGCUAGCAGCUGACGGGGCAGGCUUUUUUCUUUUUUGGCUCAAUGACUCGGCUCCUCUCGUGCUUCAGUGCCACAUCCCUGGAAUCAUCAUUGUGCUGCCUGCGGAGGGAAGCGCUGCCUCACCACCUUACCUUUCCAUCCCCACUCAGGAUGUGGUCCCGCGAGGCAAGUAUCCCGCAACUUCAUGCUAGGGGAGCUUCCGCAGUGUGUCAUUAGAGGGGGACAUCAAAGCUGGAGGCUGUUGGCCAUGUUUCUGAGCUCCCAGGUCUUGUAGCACACCCUGGCUUUGUCCUCUCUUCUGGAGGGGUGGUGGUGACAAAUGAGGACUCGAGAGCUGCACUGACCCAUUCCACCUUGUCACUUUGUGCCCACAGCAAGGAAACCGAUGGUGGGAAGCAAGAUCCCAUCACACACCGUGGUGUUUGUCCAUCUCAGGUGAAGCCUUUUUGUCACUCCACUGGAAUAAGGUGGGACUGAUACAGUCCAUAGAUCAGGAUAAAUACAUGCUACAAAUAAACAUUCACUAUUACCAAUGCCAUUAAAAUUUUACUGUAAAUUGUGUUUGCACCAUUAAAGAUUUUUCUUUUCCUUUCCCAUAGGCAAUAGAAA